AUCAACACUUCUCUCUACCAACACAAACCUACAUCCUCAACAUUCAAAAUGGGUAACUUCCACGAGAGCUCCAACAACAUCUGGCUCGAGGACGGCCACAUCCUCCACGCCGAGUGCGGCAACGGCGAGGGCGACUAUGUCGAGUCAACUCUUGACCUUGACUACUAUAUCGGUAACGACGAUGGCUCUUUCUCAUGGGGAGGCGAGAACUUCUCUGGCUCUGCUUCCAACAUCACCCUCGACAUCGAAGGCGAUGAUAACAUUCCCGUUCUCCGCGCCGAGUUGAACCCCAUGGAUGGUGAUCCCGUCGAGGCCAAUGUCAACCUUUCCGAGCGCAUCGGCAACGACUGUGGCACUCUUAUCUUCCUCGCUUAAACUGGAUAGAGAACAGCACAUGUGAUGAGAAGAGAGGUAGCAUCAAACAAUAAACAAAGUUAAACAUUUCA